CUUUUGACACGCAUAAGGUGCUUUGGAAUCUCGGUAAUCUCAGCUUUGAAACCAUCCGUGAAAGAUUGUAUUUUAUUAGUUCCUGAAACCCCAAGCUGGGGGGCUAAGCCCGAGCAAAAUAUGUGUUUAAAACUAAGUUGCUCAUCAAACGUGAGUUCCACCGACGACCAAGAGGAUGAAAUGAAGCGCGAAAAGGCGAAAACGUCGUCGCCAGCAGAAGAAGCUGGGCUGGACGACAACGAUCUACGCAGUGGCGGCGAUAAGCUUCCGAUAGUGUACCGGCCGGAAUAUGGGGUGGAGUUUUGCGGUCUUCAGCGGUUACACCCGUUCGAUGCUGCCAAGGGCGGUAACAUUUACAGACUGCUGAAGGCCGGUAAUUUGAUUGGGAGUGAUAGCGAAGUUCACCGGCCCCGGGAGAUUAGCGUUGAUGAGCUGCUGGACGUUCACACCAAGCGGUAUAUUGAGAGUUUGAAGUGGAGCGUUAACGUGGCUAAGAUAGCGGAGAUUCCACCGUUGAUAUUCGUGCCAAAUUACUUCGUUCAGCGUAGCUAUCUGCGUCCGAUGAGGUAUCAAACGUUUGGAUCGAUCCUGGCGGCCAAGUGUGCUUUGUCGGGUUCAGCCGGGACGGGAUGGGCCAUCAAUCUGGGUGGAGGGUUCCAUCACUGCAGUGCAGACAAUGGGGGCGGAUUCUGUCCCUAUGCGGACAUUACGCUGAUCGUGCGGAUGUUGCAAUCCAGUGGAAGGGGAAUCGAUCGAAUCAUGAUCGUGGAUUUGGACGCCCACCAGGGAAAUGGAUACGCGAGAGAUCUGAUGGACGACAGUGGGGUGUUCAUAAUGGAUAUGUACAACUAUCGGAUCUAUCCGAGGGAUCACGAAGCCAAGCUGGCGAUCAAGAGGGCAGUGGAGUUGAAGCCCCACGUAGGAGAUGAAGAGUACUUGCGGAAGCUAAGAAGUAAUCUGGCGCUGUCGUUUGACGAGUUCCGGCCGAACUUCCUGAUCUACAAUGCCGGCACCGAUGUACUCAAGGGUGACCCGCUUGGGAUUCUGGACAUCACUGGUCCAGGGGUGAUUGAGAGGGAUGAGAUUGUGUUCGAGAUGGCACGAGAUCGAGGAGUUCCCUUGGUAAUGCUCCUCAGCGGGGGUUACCUUCGGAGCUCGGCCCGGGUCAUAGCGGACUCGAUUCUCAAUUUGCACGCCAAGAAGUUGCUGCCGGUGGCAAAGUAAUGACCUGGGUGGAUGAACGACGAACUAAUCUAGUCUGAACGGAACGAAAUGUGAUGCACGCUGUCUUUUGGAAAUUGGAAAGCAGUAUUAUAUAUAAGAUUUAGCUUUAAAUGUGCUUUAAACAUUCCAGAUUUGUAUCUUCUAAUGUACCGAUGCAAUCGUUGUACCUAUCUAUUACCUUCCAAUAAACCUGUUUCAAAGAUUUA